AUGCCAUUCCAGCCCAAGCAGAUCACCCAGUACCAGGCGGAGCAUCUCGCCGAGCUCCAGGGCGAUGUCAGCGAGCAGGCCAUCCGCUUCACCCUAGGCCUGGUCCCACCCUUCUCCGCCGGCGAUGUUAUUCACGACAAUGCCUGCGGCUCCGGUGCGGUCACCGAGACCAUAAUGGCCCUGCCACCACCGCCAAGCAUCCAUAUCGAUGCUACCGACGUUAACGAGCAGUUUGUACAGGGUGUUGCCGCCCUGGUUGCCCAGAAACAAUGGCCUGUUGACACCGCUGUGAUGUCCGCUCAGGCCUUAACUUUUGCCGAUAACCACUUUACGCAUUCCUUUACUAGCUUCGCCUUCCAUUGCCUGGGCGAUCACGAUGCCGCUGCACGCCAGGUCUAUCGUACCCUGAAGCCCGGCGGUAUCGCUAUCGCCUCCAUCUGGAUCUUCAUGCCGCACGUCGACGCUCUACAGCACGCCCACUGGCGUACACGCGGCCGCGACGGGCCCAUGCCCACCCUCCUCCCCCUCGAGGGCUUCCAAGAGGCCGACCUACGCAAGGCCCUCGAGGCCGGCGGCUUCCAGUCCGACAACAUUGAUUGUUCUACCAAGGACUGUUAUUUGAAGAUCCCCGACCUGAAGCGCUGGGCCCAGCUGGCCUGGAGUUACCUGGGCACGCUGCCCACCGGAUGGACUCAGAACGACGAGGAUAAGUGGGACGAGGCCAUCGCGGACAUCGUCGAGGAGCUGAAGAGCGGCGAUGGCAUCUCGCAGAAUGAGCAGGGGGAGACGGUCCUGAAGAUGAUUGCUUGUGUGGCUGUUGCUAAGAAGUAG